CGAUGAGGCAAGCUUCAGCCUAAGGAGAGGAAAUUGCUUUCCUAAGUGUUUGAUUAAACCACUUCAAUCCUGAGAUCACAUUAAGGUUCACAGGUGAAGGGAAUUUCACUGCCAGGAUGAAUUCUGUUGUGCUGACUGUCUGUAUUCUGUUUGGUGCUACUACACGAGCAAUUUCUGCAGGAAAUGAAUGGCUAAAAAACACCUUCAAUUGCUCCUCUCAAUCCCUGACUUCCAUUCCCAGAAGCUUACCCUUAACCACAGAGGCCCUGGAUAUGUCCCAUAAUGAAAUAAAGACCCUCAACAGUGAGGAUUUUUCAGGAGUGCCACAUUUGAAAUUCCUCAACCUAUCCUCCAACGUGAUUGAUGACAUCAGCAAUGACACCUUCAAAUCAAACCAGGAACUGAAAUACCUUGACCUCUCGUGGAAUAAACUUCGCAACCUAUCCUGUUACUUCUUAAAUUUUACUCCCAAUCUGAAAUAUCUGGACGUUUCGUUCAAUGAGUUUGUUUCAAUGGCCCUCAGCCAUGCCUUCCGCAACCUGAGGCAUUUGGAGUAUAUGGGCGUGAGUGGUAAGACUCUUCAGAGAACGGACUUCCAGAGCAUCUCUCACAUUCGACUGAGGAGUGCGUUUCUUAAUUUGGAAAGUCUCACUUCCUACGAAACGGAGAGUCUAAGACGCUUAAAUACUGAAAGAAUCAAAAUUGUUGUGACAAACAGACUUACAGAUGUAGACGUCAUGUCUGACGCACUCUCCAUUUCAGAAGAGGUGCUAUUGUCUGCAAUGAAGAGAAGUGAAUACUUAAAACAAGCUUUGGUACAUGUGAAGAAGGGGAAAGAAAUGAAGGCCGCACAUCUGUCAUUAAUCAAUAUUGAGAUGUCUUGGAACGAUUUCACAGUUAUAAUCAACACUAUUUGCCAGUCAUCAAUUAAACACCUAUACAUAGAUAAUUUAUUCAUCACAGAGACAAUUAAGAAGAAAGAAGUCACACAAAGCAAUUCUUUGGAGUCCUUGACUAUUAAAAAUGCGUCAGUUCAAGAUUAUUUCUUUUUUCAAGGUGAUCUGUACAACUUUAUUAUUAACAGGAUGUUGCAGAACCUCACUAUUGCAAAUACACCCAUUGUACACAUGAUUUGCCCCCCAAACCAAAGGCCUUUCAAAAUGCUAGACUUAUCGAACAAUACGUUGUCUGACAGUGUGUUUUCUGUAACCAUCACCAAUGAAACCAGCUGCAAAACUUUAAAAGAACUACAUACCCUGGUUUUAAGAGGAAACAAGCUCCAGCAACUCCAGAAGCUGUGCAGCACAACACAACACAUGCUGUCAUUGAAACACUUGGACGUCAGUUUCAACUCACUCACAUACAAGUACACAUCCGAACACUGUCACUGGUCUGAGAGCAUAGUCACUUUAGUAUUGUCAUCGAACAACCUAGACGAUUCAGUUUUCAAAUGCUUACCCAAAAACAUACAAAUUCUGGACCUGCAAAACAACCAGGUGACCGCAGUCUCCGCCGAUGCACUAGAUCUGAUGGCCCUGACAGAGCUCAACCUUGGAUCGAACAGGCUUCUUGACAUACCUCACUGUGACAGCUUCAGAAGGCUGCAGACUCUGUUGCUGAAAGAGAACGGCCUUCACACUCCAUCAGUGGGAUUUUCCAGCAGUUGCCAAGGCCUGGGAGUGUUAGACGUGAGCAACAAUCCAUUCAUAUGCACGUGUGCCUUGAAGGAAUUCAUUAAUUUUACAAACCGACACAGUGCCAAACUUCUCCACUGGCCCCUUGGCUACAGCUGUAGCUACCCUCAAACCUUGAAUGGCACAUUACUGAAGGACUUUAACAUUGCUGAAGUAUCAUGCAAUAUAUUCCUUUUGCUUACCGUCAUUCUUUGCCCUACUAUAUUCAUCAUUGUUGCCACUGCGAUUCUCUGCAGACUUUUAGAUGUUCCCUGGUAUGUGAGGAUGAUCUGGCGGUGGACCCAGGCCAAGCAUCGUGUGAAAGCCAAGCAGAAGCUGGAAGCUCCAGGAGAAGUGCUGUUCCAUGCUUUUGUGUCCUACAGUCAGCAGGACGCAGCAUGGGUGAAGAACUACCUCCUCCCCAACUUAGAAGAAGAUCCGGUUUUGCGAAUCUGUCAGCACGAGAGGCACUUCAUCCCAGGGAAGAGCAUAGUGGGGAACAUCAUCAGGUGCAUCGAGCAGAGCUACAGGUCCAUUUUCGUCCUGUCCGCCCAUUUUAUCCAGAGCGAGUGGUGCCACUACGAGCUGUACUUUGCCCAGCACCAGCUCCUGUCCCAGGACUCAGACAACAUUAUCCUGGUCCUUCUGGAGCCCGUCCCCCAGUACCUCAUCCCUUCCAAGUUCUACAAGCUCAAGGCCAUGAUGGCGAAGAGGACCUACAUGGAGUGGCCCCAGGACAGGAACAAACACAAACUCUUCUGGGCCAACCUGAGGGCUGCCUUGCAAGUCAACCUGUCUGCUGGAGUCGGGACUCCUGACACGGAGCUUUAGUUUCUCGAUAGAUGAAUAAAUCCCCAGGGCAAAGCGUUCAUUAAGUCUUCAGAUCAGAUUGAACAACUACCACAUGCUGUCAUGGCUGUUAUAAUGUCUCCAUCAGAAAAUCAGGCUGUCAACAGAAAUUCUGGGUGCUGUGAAUCAUGGCUACUGGGGUUCCCUAUGUUGCAUACUUUUGUCCAUAUUUCAUUUGUCAGCGGUAAACAUUGAGGAUUGUUUCCAGAGAUAUAGGUACUGGAUUUAUACCGCUACUAGUUGGAAGUAUUAUUUAAAUCCUCAGAUUAUCAUGAGUUAUUUAAAACAGAAAAAUAUACAAAAGCAGUUUUGCAUUAUUUGUAUUUCACAGUGUUCUUUGGAAAAAUGAAAUCCACAACUGUGUGUAACAGUCUGCAAGGUUUUUUUAAUUUGCUUUACUUCUCAUGUUCUGGCCACUAUGUUGUUAAAAAAUGCCAGCAAUAAUAGUGUUUGAGUGGGGAAAAAACCCAUUAAACUCAUCAUAGCAUUCUUUGAAAAAACAAAAAUGGAAACCUGAGGUGAGCUCCACUGUUCAACUGUCAUUUCAGUUUCGUCUGUCACUGUGUCACAGACCCCUUCUUCUGCUUUUGCACAGCUGCUGUUUAUUUUUAGAGUCAUUGAGAAAAACUGCUUUUAGGCUUCCUCUUGUCAAAAACAUAACUUUACGAGAAAUACCAAGAGAAUAUUGAUUUUUCUGCCCAUAGUGCUAGUAUACUAGAGAGCAUUUCUACCCUCAAUUGAAUUAAAGAAUGACAUUUCAAGUGUGCGACACUCCAAAGUAAAAACUGGAAAUAAAGCAACAUGUACAGUAACACAUUUCCAGUAUAAGCCUAGGAAAAUUAAAAUCAAUGGAAACAUACUGGAGGGACGUGAGGUAGACAAGGCAGAAACCUGCUCUCUGCACCAAGAGAAGUCCUGACCAAGGACUUAGACCUCACACACUCAGACUGUCUCUGCAUCAGCUGUGACCUGUCUGAAGCUUUUUCGGACUCCUUUGGUAAUCUUGGGAUAAUACUUUUUUUGGAUGUUUAAGAAACAAAAUGUAACAGUGUCCUAAUAACAGAUGGGAUUUUAGAAUCAUCACGGGCUACCACUUGUUCUCCUCAUCUCCCCAUCCCCAGGGCGGUAUACUCCCCACUCUCGUCAACUGGUACCGGCGGUGGUAUUGAGCAUCCCAACAGAAAAACAAUCAACCCGAGAAGGAGCCUUAAACCUCUGCAGUUUCAAGGCAGCUUUAAAUGGUCAGAUAGCAAAGAUCUGGACUCCAAAUUAAACCACUGAUUGAGCCAAUCGAGUCACUGAAUGCUCGGCUGGACUAUAAAGCAGAAGUGUCUUACGUACCCCUGCCUCAGCACUGUCCUAGAGAAAACGCAGCCUGUUUCAGCAGGAGGGGAGCUAUUGCUUACACAUUUGACUUCUGUUUUCAUCCUGUAUACUGUUAUGUUCCUUAAUAUCAAAACGCACGAUUACCUCUAUAUUGAGAAAUUGAAAAUUAUUUUUUUUGUGCUGGAAUGAAUUGUGCAUGGCCCAGAUUGCUUUUCUUUCCAAACAGCUGAAGAAAGACCUUUUAUUCAAAAUGCCCCCAAGACACAUAAUUGCUUAAAUAUCAAGAAUAGAGCACUUUUUGAGUGUUUCAUGGUAAACAACUGCCAUUCAGCCUUCUCUGAAACACGUACACAGGACCAGAAUCACUCUGAGGCACAGACUUAAAGGAGAAUUGAAUCCACAGAGAUGACUUGUUAAAAUCUUUUUCAGUCACCUCAUAAAUGAACUGCCAGUCAAGAUAUUUAGUAACUACAAUCAUGUUUUGGCCCAGCUGAGGCUUGUCUGUACAAUACAGACAAACUCCUGUCACUCUUUUAUUCUUCAAGUUCCAGCCAAUUCGAAGGACAAAAACACAAUAAUAAAAGGCUUGCUCCACCUAAAACACAAAACUGUUCCAUUAACUAACUUAUUGUGUAACUCUUUUUAACACCAGGAAUUAUUUAUGGGUGCGCUCUGUUGCUUAGGUGGAGCUAACCCUUUAUUAAAGUACUUAAGUGUAUUUUAGGAAGGGAUGGAGCACACAGACCAAAAGAAUAGGCUGGGACAAAGGGACGAAUGGUGUAACACUGAAAAUCAAACACCAACCAUUUCAAAAAGGUAUUUGAAAAUUGCUAUUCUGGCCCUACAAGGAUCACUGUGCCGCUCAGAUCCGAGACAGAUCCUAGGCUGGCUGUCUAAUCCCACUCCAUCACCAGGGAAUGCAGUUGCCAUUUAGCAAUCCUUGUUCCUUAUCCAAUGUGACAAAAUCUACUGAAAGCAAACAGCAUUUGGGGAAAAGGUUAGGGCUCUCUCUUUAGUUUUGUUGUACUGAUCUGUUUGUCCAACAUUUUCCUUGACGAGACUUACAUUUGCACCAAUUUACUCGGCUGGGUAUUUCAGUGAAGCCCCUUGUUUAAGGGAACUGCAGCAGUUUUGAACCCACAGCAUUCUGGCUGAGAGCCCAGAACCUAACAUACCCUGAUGAAAAAUAUGAUAAGACUCUUAAAUGCAGGAAUAUUUUCUUUCAAGUAUAGUCUCCGGAAACCCAAGGAGUCUGUCAACCUCAAAGACUACAGCCAAGCUUGACCUGCACUGUAGUUGGCUUUGUGAGUUAAACAGAAUAUUUGUCUUUUCGCAAUUACAGAGCAACACCUAGAAUACUUUAAAAAGGGCCAGUGCAAAUUAUUCUUGACCAUUUUCAAUCUUUAUUUAGAAAAUAUUGCGUCUCAUAUAGAAAUUGAUUGAGUAACGAAUGUUCGAGAGGAAUGACAAUAGCCAAGUUCGAUCAGCCUCAGCUGUCCAAAAUCCAUAAAUCAAUCCUGAUGUCAUUUCCUUAAAAUCCUUAAACAUUUUAAAGGUGGCGCGUAUUACUCCCCUCCUCUUCCUCACAUACGUCUUUUUCAUUUCUCCUUCACCCCAGCAGAUACCUCUUGGUCACUCCGCUCUCUAUGUGGGUCCCAGCUUCCUCGCCUUUGUGGCCAGGAGGUCAGCCU